AUGGCAGACGAAGAGGAAGGGCUGCAAGUGCAGCCCUUUCUUUGCAGAGUUGAUGAUGAUGCUGUCCUCACUGGGCAGGUAAACAGGCGUGGGCACAUAGAGUGGGAGUGGUCCAGAGUGAGUGCGGCUGUGAAGCUUGAAACGCAGAAAGAUGGCCUGUUUCUGAAAAGGGGCCUUGAGGAGUUUCAGACAGAGUUUCUCCAUGCCCAGCUGAGCAUGGAUGAGCUUCACUACAGAGGGGCAGAUGCUGGCAGAGGAGAGGUGGGAAGGCACACUGUGGAGUCCAGAGCCUUGGUUCUAAUGCUUUGCCUUUUCCCUUUGAGACGGCAGACUAGGAAGCAGGCAAAGGAGCUGUCACUGAGAUUGCUCAAGGCCCUCAUAGACAGGUCCAUGCAGGCGUGGACAGGCUGCGUGGACCUUGCAGUACCUGUUUGUGGUGGCCUGGAGUGCGUCCGAAUAAAGUUCGAGAAUGGCAUUGCAAGUGGCUUGUCAAGCUGGGUGGGGGAUCACAGGCAAGCAGCAAGCAAAUGGAAGUUGUUGCAGGGCAAACCAUGGUGCCAACAGCAGAUUACAAGCACCUUGGAGCAGGCCACAGUGUUUGACCUCAUGCUUUGGCUCCUCUUUGUGAAAGCUUGCGCGUCUACCUCCAGCGCCUGGCAUGAAGUCGGCCAACACAUGUGGCCAAGGUUGCUUUACAUCGUGGGCUGCGCGGUGGAAGAGUAUGCCUUGAAGCUGGCGGAGAAGGCGCCAGAGGCAGCUCCAUUGCUGAAGACAAAGCGGGGCAACGCGAAAAGGGUGCCGUUUGUGAACAGGCUGGUGCUGCUGCGCAAGCUGAAGGAUGCCAAGUCGCACAGAAAGAGCAUCAUGCGAACCCAUUCUGACCUUGUCCCUUCUACAUCAGACAUUGUGAGGCAUGAGGACCUCCUUGAGGUUUCAGAAUACUUGAAGCUGCUGAAGGAAACCUUCAAGCGCAGCGCCCACCUGCAAGUAUCCUGGGACCCUUCAAACUAUUCUGGAGACGAGGUGAUGGUUUGCACAGUGUGGAGCAACCAGUGCAACAAAGCUGCCUAUUUGCCCUUACAGUACUUGCAGCCUGUCCGAAGCCAAGAAGUAGAGCCUGACAUACAGGCCCUUGCCCAAAGAAAGGAGAUCACGCGGGUGCACGGCUUUUCUGAGCUUCGUGCUGUGUCGCACGCUCUUGCUGCAAUUGACAAAGACUUGUCCAAGUUCUUGCUGCCGCAGGAUGUUGUGUGGAAGCCUCUGAAGAGGCAGGAGCAAAGAGACUUCAUAGAUGGUGCUUUUUGGGUCACUGACACAGUGACUGGGGAGUGCAGAAGGCAGCUUCCGCAAGGCUGGACCUUCCGCGACCAGCCUAGUGUUUCUGACCAGGGAGGAAUAAACCGAGGGGUCCUUGACUAUGUGCAGUUUAUGCUGCCUCUCGGGAUCUUAGUGGCAUACGACAGCACACACCGGUGCUACAACGACCUCAAAGCAUCCCUCAGAGCAAGCAGACUGUUCAGGAGCUUCCUGGCCUUCGGUGUCGUCCACAACAUCAACUAUGGGCCUGCAGGGACCAAGACUUGGUUCACUCGCAAAAGGCACGCCCUCCAUGAGUUUUGUGAGAAGAGAAGCUGCCACAGCAACCCCUUCCUAUCUUACAUGGCAAGCAUUUGUCAGGAGAGGGGCGAAGUUGAAGACGGCACUGCAGAACAAAGAGAGAGAAUGUGGGCGGCCAUGAAGCAGAUGAAGGGGUGCCAAAUCCAUGGUCCUUUGACCAAAUUGAUGAGGUGGUAUUCUUGGUGGGAGUCUUGCAAAUUCCACUCUGGAGAAGUGUUCUUCACAAAGCUUCUGAUGCUGCAUGGGAACACCUGGGAAGCUGCAGAUGGCGAAGCUGACUUUCAACCCAGUGCUUUUGACCCGGACACUGCAGGAAUGACACCUCAGCAAGAGCUCAGGCACUUGAAGAUCAAGCUUGGGACCUGGGCGCUGGCGCCAGCCUUGGUGAACCAGGAGAGCAUGUGGCAGAAGACUUUGAUAUAUGAAGGUGGCAGGCCACUCUGGUCAAAAUACAGCCAUCUAGCGGCAGAUGUGAACACGGCGGGUCAGGUCCAGGACCACAUGGUCUACAUGGCGCUUGGUGGCUGGAAGCAGGAGCUUGCUGACAUUUGCAGCCACUGCUUCUUCAAUGUGGAGGUCAUGAAGCAGCUCUAUGGCAACCCAGAUGACGCAACUGAAGACCAUUUGCAGAUGCAUUGCAAAUUUGCUAUCUCUUUGAUUUCUGAAAGGGCGAUGAGCCUGGUUGCAGAAUUCUGCAAGCCUCCUUGGAGACAUGCUGCGUUGUGCAGUGCUGAGCAUUUCCUUGCGGGCAGCGAAAGAAUGCAGCAAGAGUGGGAAUGCAUUCUUGUUGCUGAGAAUCUUGCAGCAGAAGGGCAUCGCAUUGAACCCUUGGGCCAAAUCCACUGCCUGCAGACAGCGUUUGUCAGACUUCACUACUUGGCCAACGAGAUGGACAGGAAGAGUGGCCUUGGCCAUGGUGCUGCGAAUGGAGUGCUUCUGGCACAGACAGCAUGCAGACAUGUCGGUGACACAGUGGUGGUGGAAAAUUCCCACCAAAAGGUGAAAGAUUUGCUUGCGGCUGCAAGACACGACCAGAUUUCUAGGAGUGGGAAAUUCCACUCAUUGGUGAACUCCGGCGUCUUGGAGGGGAGGCAGUUGCCAAGCUUGAGAGUGACUCCUGAACAGAUAGCUGCUGCCAGCGCAGGCAGAGGCCUUGGGCAGAAGAUUACACAGGCCACCCACCCAAGUUCUCACAAGAUGAAGAAGGAGUUUCAGAAUGUGAUGAAAUACAAAGCCAGCUCCCCUGACUUCACUUGGCCAAGCAGUUCUCACACCUCUCUGUUUGGAGAAGCAGCUGCCUUGGAGCUGUUGCUUUCAAAAGGCUUAGGUAUGGAGCCGAAGGAUUUCAUUGGCCCCAGUGUCGCUUGCUUGGUCGGUGCCCCUGGCAGCUUUGUGGCUGCCAGAGAGAAGGGCAGUGUCAUGAUGGUUGUGGCCAAAAGCACGCACAAUUUUUUGGCUUGGGAAGCAGCAGUAGUGGGCGAGCCGCUGGAUGAUGGCCUCCACCAGCUUGAGCUUGGCCAAAACCCUUCUUCACUGUCUUGGCACACAGUCACAGACUUGCAAGACUGGCUGGCCAUUCCGACCCGGCCAGUUCUCAAGAACAAGUUUGGUCCCAUGGUCUUCCAGCAAACUGGGGCACCUGCAGACCUCUUAUGUGCCAGGAUCUCCGAGGGUUUGAGCUUGACAGCCAAGCAGUGUGAGACAGUUUUGGGGCACUACGGCCAAAAGCCAGCUUCCAAAGCCAAAAAGGAUUUGUACAUGCAACUAUUUUCGCUGUUUCUACACAGCGAGGCAGAGCAAGAACAUGCGCUGCUGAAGUCAGAUUUGAAAAAGACAGCUGCUGAGGAUGUUCAAGAGGAUCUGAGUGACUACGAGGACCUUCUAGAGCAGGCAGAAGAAACUGGCAACUUGGGAGACCCUGACUUGAAGAGCGAAAAGAAGAAAGUGAAGCAAACAAGGGCAAAAGCAGCCCUGAAAGAAGCUGCGAAGAGCUUGCAGGAGAGCCGGGCUGCAGCGCGGGCCCGUGGGAGAGGCAGAGGAAGGGGUAAGGGAAGAGGAAGAGGGAAAGGGAAAGGGCAGCAGCACUUCCCAGAUUUACUUGCAAAGAGUGAAGCUGAAGAGAAAGCCAGGCUUGAGGCUGAAGAGAAAACCAGGCUUGAAGCUGAAGAGAAGGCCAGGCUUGAGGCUGAAGAGAAAGCCAGAGGGCUUGCGGCUGAAACAGCCAGGCUUGCGGCUGAAGAAGCGGCCAGGCUUGAGGCUGAAGAGAAAGCCAGAGGUCUGGCUGUUGCAGCUGGACGCAGAUUACGUGGCUCUGCUGUGGAUGGGGCAGCAGGUUCAGGCAGCCAGCCGUCAACGCCUUCCUUCAGAGCACCAAGGCUUCAUGAAUCCCCCGGCAUACUUGCUCAGCUUUGCCCGCCAGAAGGAGUGUUGCAGUUGAAGCACCAGGAUCACAGACACUCGGCGCCCUGCAAGCGGGCAAGUGGCCAUGUCUCAAAUUAG